AUGUUGUUCAGCGUGUUCAACAUUGCUUUGGUAUUUGUGGGUAUAAUCACAAUCAUAUCAUUCUUCCUGACAUGCGUUAUGAUCGUCAUUUUGUGGCGAUAUAGGAAGUCGACUCGCUACAAAGCGUUUUUCUACAAAACUUUGUGGAAUGAGUGCAUUUUCAAUAUCUUCACGUUCAUAUUCUUCCUAGCAACCAUGUAUGCGAGGUUCUUUGACUGCAUGAUCCCUAUCUUCCUCUACCUCAACCGUUUCCCUUGGUGGACAAAGUUUGCGCAAAUCACUCAGGAACAUAUCAUGUACAUACAAACUAUGAAUGUAUUCUUGGCAGUAGGAGGACGAUUUUGCACCGUAUGCAUACCACAUUCACGAAUCACGCAUACUGCCGAAGAACUAAAUAAAUGGAUGAUUUGCGUUUUACAAAUCUUUUUACCUACUAUUGUUGAGAUACCAAUAUAUAUCUUUUAUAAUUUCGAAUACGGAUAUACGGGUAAUUUGAAAGUGCCACUGCUGUUGGGCACGACCAACGACCACUACUAUGAGGUUGCCUUUUCUAUUUGUGUGAUAUAUCUAAUCGGCGCAUUCGCGCUUUGUGUUUUUGGUUACAUAUCCCUGUUUUACACAGUGCGAAAAAGAGCAAAUCGUAAUGAGACAAACAUUAUCAUCCAUGGCGGCUGCCUUUUGUUAGCACUUGGUGCUCUAUCAGCAUGUACUAUAGUCCGAGGGUUUCGUAUAUUAGAGAAAAGCAAAUACAUGCGAAUAUUCUACUUCUCUACUUCGCUGUGGAUCCCAUGCACUAAUAUAGCAGCGACCAUAUGCGUAAUAGGACCCAUACGAAAACACAUCCUCGCCCCGUUCAAGGAAAAAGCAGACACGACUGUGUUACCCAAUACUACCCUACUUUGA